AUGGAAGAGAGAAUCCAAGCUGUUGUCAAACCUUUUGUUCGAAUGAUGAAGAACUUGACGUUGAGGCUUUGUGAUGUCAAGGUCACAGCCCGAAAGGAUGUCCAGACCGCGAUGGGAGAAAUUGUGCCAUUGUUGUUGCGCUUUUGCGAGCAGUACAAGCAUGCGCAGCCUGUUUGCUUUGACCUUAUGAGGGAGCUGAUCAAAGGCGCUACUGGAAGUCCGUUGCUGGAGCCGCACGUGCAAAACUUGGUUCCUCCACUCCUGGUAUCGUUGUCAAUGAUGGAGAACGAUGCUUUGCAGUAUUACCAGUUUCACAUCAGUGCAGCUUCGGAAGAGAAGGGCAAGGAGCUGGAGGCUGCUCGAAUUUCUAACUCUCGCGACAGCGAAUCUAUGAAAUUGAUAAAGCAGCUUAUUCCUUUCAUCAGCAAGGAGGUUGCUGAUGCUCUAGCUCCAAGGACUCGAGAUUUGCUUCAGCGAGGGGUUGGCGCCAACACAAGAGUUGGUGUUUGCGAUUUUUGGGUUGCAGUUUGUGCAGAGAGACCAAGUUCCGUGGAAACAGGUGGUUCUGUUGCAGCAAAUAUGCUUCGAUCUACUGCUGGUGCUCUUCUUGAUCCCUCGAGGGAGGUGAGGAGUGCUGCUGCAUCUUGCUUUGCAAGCUUCGCACGAAGGAAUCCACCACAAGAGCUGACAAAGGUGGUGUUUGAAAAACUACUCAGACAAGAGCAGGAGUUUCGAACGGAUGACACACAGAGGAACUCCUAUCGCAUUUCAUUGGCCCGGGCUUUGUGGGAGGUGUGCCGCAGAUGUGAUGACAGCAUAUUAGAGUCAGAACUGAAGUCUGCAAUAGCAGCCAAGGCCUUCACCUUGCGUUGGAGCACUGACGCUGAAGUGAAGACAGGCUGGGAAGCUCUUUGGGGAGAGCUUUGCCCAACCACGGUUGGUGGAGUGCAGCGCUACCGUCGCGAAAUUUGUGCAGAGUUGGCUGAUGCUUUUGCCGAAAGUGUUUCACGGGCUGACAAGGUGAGCGCCGCGAAGGCCGUUUCAGGGUUCGCAGCACAACUGGAAAAGGCAGAUCAACAACAGCGUUCCGCUGAGGACAAUGCUGUGUGCAGCCUUCUCGCCAGCUUGAAGGCCGCCGUCCAGACGCUGCCUACUUUUGACGGUUCUGGUAGCCUGGUCAGGGCCCUUGCAGAUCUUGCUGCGGUGUGCUAUCGCCGCAAGCGCGGUGAGGAACUUUCAGUCAAUGAGGACGUGGUCGGUAUUCCGUUGAUCCAAAGCUUUUGCUCCAAAGGCCCUUUGGCAGAACGUGCUGCUGUGGCCCAAGCCUAUUUGGAGGUGAUUACUGCAACGCGGCUAUGGCCACCUUUGGCAGAUGCCAACAAGCACUACAGCGAUGCCGCUAGGUUUGUUGAUCAGUUGCAAGAAGAAGUAGAGAAGGAGGAAAGGGAGCCCGGACAAACUGCUCCGAAGAUGCACCGCGGAAAGGGCUCCAGCCCAGCUGAAGAACUGCUCACGUCCACCCUCGACUUUUGGGCAACAGCUUUGCAGCAAUGCCGGCGGGAAAUCGAAGAUGAAGGUGAUCUAGAGCCACCGGAAGGUGACUUGGUUGCUUUCACAGGAGCAUCUCUUGCGGAGUUCAAGACAGGGUCGCUGACAUUACGCCUUGCCAUCAUCAGAUUGUGGAAGCACGUCUUCAAGCACUUUGCCCAGGAGCAACUCCCGCUCAGCAGCUUGAGCGACGAACACUUUGGGCGCGUGAUGUGGGCCAUCCAGGAUGCGUCGUGGGAUUCACGCUCUGAGAGACUUCGACGACCUGCGUUAGAGCUUGCGGCAAGCAUGGCCGAAGAUGGGCAACAAGCCAAGGCAUUGCUCCGCGGGAUCCAAGCUGAAGUUUCUCAAGCUUCCGCAGAAACAGCAGGAGCUGCAGCAGCAAGAGCUGUGCCUUUGGCAGAGUGGCUGGAGAGGAUAGAUUCUGCCACUGCUGAGCAGUGCUCGCGUGAGGUUUUGGCUCUUCGAUCCUUGAUAAGCUCAGGUUGA